UCGGAGCUCAGCCCAGUUGAUGGACCCAUCGCAGGUCAGAUGGACUCUGGGCCAGUGUACCAUGGGAACUUACGGCAGCUAAGCAGCUCAGGGGCGCCGGUCAAUGGUGCUAGAGAGCCCGCAGGGCCCAGUCUGCUGGGGACUGGGGGGCCCUGGCGGGUAGACCAGAAGUCUGACUGGGACACCGCCCACACUGCUCGCCUGGAAGAUGCUCACGAUCUGGUGGCCUUCUCGGCUGUGGCCGAAGCUGUGUCCUCCUAUGGGGCCCUCAGCACCCGGCUCUAUGAAACGUUCAACCGGGAGAUGAGUCGGGAGGCCGGCAACCACAGCAGGGGACCCCGGCCGGCAUCUGAGGCCUGCUCUGCCGGCGGGGAGGACCUCGACACACUGCAGACGGCCCUGGCCCUGGCACGGCAUGGCAUGAAGCCGCCCAACUGCAACUGCGAUGGCCCGGCGUGCCCUGACUACCUCGAGUGGUUGGAGGGGAAGAUCAAGUCCGUGGUCGUGGAGGGCAGGGAGGAGCGUCCCAGGCUCCUGGGGACUCUGCCUCCUGGUGAGGCUGGCCUUCCAGCAACCAGCAGCCGGCCACUCCUCAGCGCCGAGGCCCCCCACAUGCCUCCCCCGGAGAGCCUGCCCUUGUCCCAGAGUGCCCUGAGCAUCGCCAAGGAGAAGAACAUCAGCCUGCAGACCGCCAUUGCCAUCGAGGCCCUCACACAGCUCUCUUCCGCCCUCCCCCAGUCUCCCCACUCCACGUCCCAGGCUUCGUGCCCGCUGCCAGAGGCCUUGUCCCCUCCGACCCCUUUCAGAUCGGCCCAGUCCUACCUCCGGACCCCCUCCUGGCCUGUGAUCCCCCCCGAAGAGCAUCCUUCCUUUCCCCCCGAGAGUCCUGCCUUCCCUCCAGCAGCCCCCAGGACCGAUUUUCCUGAAGCCUGGGGCACGGACACCCCACCAGCAACCCCCCGGAGCUCCUGGCCCGCGCCUCGCCCAAGCCCCGACCCCAUGGCCGAGCUGGAGCACUUGUUGGGCGCCAGCGAUUACAUCCAAUCCGUGUUCAAGCGGCCCGAAGCCCUCCCAACAAAGCCCAAGAUCAAAACGGAGCCCCCAGCUUCCUCCCCAGCCCCGCCCGUGUCCCCCGUCAUCCAGCGGGAGGCGCCCCCACCAUCCUCGGAGCCCGACACCCACCAGAAGGCCCAGGCCGCCCUGCAGCAGCACCUGCACCAUAAGCGCACCCUCUUUCUGGAGCAGGCCCCCGACGCCGCCUUCCCUGCCCCCACGGAGCCGCCUGCUCCCGGCUGGUGGCCCCCCUCCAGCUCUCCAGCCCCACGACCUCCAGACAAGCCACCCAAAGAGAAGAAGAAGAAGCUCCUGACACCCUCUGGAGGCCCCGUGGGGACAGAGAAGGCCACCCCAGGGGUCAAGCCUGCUGUCCGCAAGCCCGUGCAGAUCAAAAAGUCCAAGCUUCGGGACACACAGCCCCUCUUCCUGCCCCUCCGGCAGAUCGUCCUGGAAGGGCGGAGGCCCACAGCCCCGGAGGAAGUGCAGGCACAACCCCCUGCCGCCCUCCCCUCUUCACAGGGCUCUGCUGCCCCCCUGCCCCCUGAACCUUCUCUUGCGCUAUUUGCACCAAGUCCCUCUGGGGACAGCCUGCUGCCCCCUACUCAGGAAACGAGGUCCCCCAGCCCUAUGGCCACCCUGCAGGCGGGCUCCACUGGCCCUCUUCCCCCUGCAGAUGACAAGCUGGAAGAGCUCAUCCGGCAGUUUGAGGCUGAAUUUGGGGAUAGCUUCGGGCUUCCCGGUCCCCCAUCUCUGCCCAUCCAGGACGCCGAGAAUCAGCCGACGUGUCUCCCGGCCCCCGGGAGCCCCUUUUCUUCCCGUUCCCCCAAGCAAAUCAAGAUCGAAUCCUCGGGGGCUGUGACUGUGCUCACCACCACCUGCUUCCCUCCCGAGGAGGGCGGCCAGGAGGCCACCCCCACCAAGGCCGAGAACCCGCUCACACCCACCCUCAGCGGCUUCCUGGAGUCGCCUCUGAAGUACCUGGACACACCCACCAAGAGUCUUUUGGACACGCCCGCCAAGAGAGCCCAGGCCGAGUUCCCUACCUGCGACUGUGUAGAACAAAUCGUGGAGAAAGACGAAGGCCCGUAUUACACUCACCUGGGAUCUGGCCCUACAGUGGCCUCCAUCCGGGAACUCAUGGAGGAGCGGUAUGGAGAGAAGGGAAAAGCCAUCCGGAUUGAGAAGGUCAUCUACACCGGGAAAGAGGGCAAGAGCUCACGGGGCUGCCCCAUUGCAAAGUGGGUGAUCCGCAGACACACGCUGGAGGAGAAGCUGCUGUGCUUGGUGCGGCACCGGGCGGGCCACCACUGCCAGAAUGCCGUCAUCGUCAUCCUCAUCCUGGCCUGGGAGGGCAUACCCCGCAGCCUCGGGGACACCCUCUACCAGGAGCUCACCGACACCCUCCGGAAGUACGGGAACCCCACCAGCAGGAGAUGCGGCCUCAAUGACGACCGGACCUGCGCUUGCCAAGGCAAAGACCCCAACACCUGCGGUGCCUCCUUCUCCUUUGGCUGCUCCUGGAGCAUGUACUUCAACGGCUGCAAGUACGCCCGGAGCAAGAUGCCCCGAAAGUUCCGCCUCACGGGGGACAAUCCCAAAGAGGAAGAAGUGCUCCGGAAGAGUUUCCAGGACCUGGCCACUGAAGUCGCUCCCCUGUACAAGCGGCUGGCCCCCCAGGCCUAUCAGAACCAGGUGACCAACGAGGAAGUAGCAAUCGACUGCCGCCUGGGUCUAAAGGAAGGGCGGCCCUUCGCGGGGGUCACGGCCUGCAUGGACUUCUGUGCCCACGCCCACAAGGACCAGCAUAACCUCUACAAUGGGUGCACCGUGGUCUGCACUCUGACCAAGGAAGACAAUCGCUGCGUGGGCAAGGUCCCCGAGGACGAGCAGCUGCACGUGCUACCCCUGUACAAGAUGGCCAGCACGGACGAGUUCGGCAGCGAGGAGAACCAGAACGCCAAGGUGGGCAGCGGGGCCAUCCAGGUGCUCACUGCCUUCCCCCGAGAGGUCCGGCGCCUGCCCGAGCCCGCCAAGUCGUGCCGCCAGCGGCAGCUGGAAGCCAGGAAGGCAGCAGCCGAGAAGAAGAAGGCCCAGAAGGAGAAGCUGAGCACUCCCGAGAAGAUCAAGCAGGAGGUCCUAGAGCUGGCCGGUGUCCCUGCUGACGCAGGCCUCUCUCUGAAGGGUGGGCUGUCCCAGCAAGCCCUGAAGCCCUCCCUCAAGGGGGAGCCCCAGAGCCACUUCAACUCCUUCAAGUACAGCGGCAACGCCGUGGUGGAGAGUUACUCGGUGCUAGGCAACUGCCGGCCCUCCGACCCAUACAGCAUGAAUAGCGUGUACUCCUACCACUCCUACUACGCGCAGCCCGGCCUGCCCUCGGUCAACGGGUUCCACUCCAAGUACGCGCUCCCAUCGUCCUUCGGCUUCUAUGGCUUCCCGGCCAGUAACCCCGUCUUCCCCUCUCGAUUCCUAGGCCCUGGCGCCUGGGGGCACAGCGGCAGCAGCGGCAGUUUUGAGAAGAAGCCAGACCUCCAUGCUCUGCACAACAGCCUGAGUCCGGCCUACGGCGGUGCCGAAUUUGCCGAGCUGCCCGGCCAGGCUGUUGCCACCGACACCCACCACCCCACCCCUCACCACCAGCAGCCUGCUUACCCAGGCCCCAAGGAGUAUCUGCUUCCCAAGGUCCCCCAGCUCCACCCAGCCGCCGGCGACCCCUCGCCUUUUGCCCAGGGCACCAGCUGCUACACCAGAGCCAUCAAGCAGGAGCCAGUGGACCCGCUGGCCCAGGCCGAGCCCUCUGUGCCCAGAGACCCCAGCACGAUGAGCAAGACCCCUUUGCCCGAGGCGUCUCAGAACGGGGGGCCCAGUCACCUCUGGGGACAGUAUGCAGGGGGGCCAGGCAUGUCUCUCAAGAGGACUACCAGUCUGGGGAGCGGCUGGGGGGUGCUCCCUCCUGGAGACAGCCCGGCCAUCCUCUCCGACAAGCUUGGCUCUUUCGGGGCCCGCUGCCUGACCCCCUCGCCCUUCCCAGAGGGCCAGUGGGGGCUGUUUCCUGGUGAUGGGCAGCAAUCUGUCCCCCAGUCCGGAGGACGGCUGCGAAGCAAACCAUGGAGCCCUUGCCAGUUUGGGGACAGUGCCUCGGCCCUGAGUGGGCCCAGCGUGACGGAGAAGCCAUGGGGCAUGGGCGCAGGGGAUUUCCACUCUCCCCUGAAAGGCGGCCCUGGGUUCCCGGAGAAGCUGUGGAGCCCCGGGAAGGGGGAGGAGGGACGGAUCCCAACCCCGGGCACUGGGCAGCUGGACAAAGCCUGGCCACCCUUCAGCGUGUCCCUGGGCCCCAACGAGAAGCUCUUUGGGGCCUUGAAGCCAGAGGAGAAGCUGUGGGACCCCUUCAGCCUGGAGGAAGGCCUGCCGGAGGAGCCCCCCAGCAAGGGGGCCGUGAAGGAGGAGAAGGGCAGUGCUGAGGAGGAGGAGGAGGAGCUGUGGUCGGACAGCGAGCACAACUUCCUGGACGAGAACAUCGGGGGCGUGGCCGUGGCCCCCGCCCACGGCUCCAUCCUCAUCGAGUGUGCCCGCCGGGAGCUGCACGCCACCACGCCCCUCAAGAAGCCCAACCGCUGCCACCCCACCCGCAUCUCGCUGGUCUUCUACCAGCACAAGAACCUCAACCAGCCCAACCACGGGCUGGCGCUCUGGGAGGCCAAGGUGAAGCAGCUGGCCGAGCGUGCCCGGGCCCGGCAGGAGGAGGCCGCCCGGCUGGGUCUGGGCCAGCAGGAGGCCAAGCUCUACGGGAAGAAGCGCAAGUGGGGGGGCGCCCUGGUCGCCGAGCCCCAGCAGAAGGAGAAGAAGGGGGUCGUCCCCACCCGGCAGGCCCUGGCUGUGCCCACAGACUCCCCAGUCACCGCGUCCUCCUACGCCUACACCAAGGUCACUGGGCCCUACAGCCGCUGGAUCUAGGCGCUGGGAGCCGGCGUACCUCAGCGUCGGGCCCAGCCCGGCUGCCUCUGGUGCUUUCUCCCCCUCACCUGGGGGGCGGGUUGGGGGUGCAGAAGUUUUUCUAUCGACAUCGGCAUAUAUAGAAGCUUAUCUAUGUAUGUGUGGUCCAGACCUCAGAGCUGACCCGCCUCCCCCUCCCAGCACUUUGAAGAAGAAACUACCGCUGUCUGUCGGGUGUUGUGCUUCUCUGUUCUUGCUUCCCCACCCCCUUCUCCAUGAUCUUAAUAUUUAUAUUCCACCAUGGGGGUGGUUGGUUUUUCAUUUGGUUUGUUUUUUUCGCCACCACCCCCUUAUUUGGGGGGAGGCGGCGAGGCGGAAGGGGUGCUUUUCAUUUUUCUCCUUGUUUUUAAAAUCCUAUCCUUGUAUAUCACCUUAAUGCAAAGAGAGUUUAUAGUGUCCUUUCACAAAGGACUAGUUUUAAAAGUCCAUUCAAAAUGUGUAUUUAUUGGGGUUUGUUUUGUUUAAGGCGACAAUAGUAAUAGUGAAUGGGCAGCAGGAAAGGUUUGGCGGUGCCUGUGGCUGGGCCGGUGCCAGGCCCGGGUAGGAGUCCCAAGGGUCCCUGGGUCAUCUGUCCCUCUUGUGCUAAGUGCAGGUUGCAGCCACCGGGUCCAUCCCUCAGGACAGCCUCUGCCCUAUCCUGGAGGCUCGGAGUUGGGGAGAGAGCGGGGUGCAUCCCCCGGCAGGCACUGAGAUGCUGGCACAGAUGUCCCUAGAUCACCAGGUUGGAAGCAGACCGCCACAAGCUUGCUAGUCUCCACACUGAAACCUCUUGUCUGUCACCCGUCAAGUCACGGGGUGUCACGAUUCCCUGGGCAGCACCUUACAACGGAGCUGGAGUCCAGACAGCUCUCCGGAGCCCGUUCUGCCAAGUCGACAAGCCAGUUAACCCUGGGCUGAAGGAAUUGGUCUUAGUGGCAGGGGGUUUUAUUGUUUUGUUUAUUUAAUGCCCCCGCAUGCCCCACCCCCCUCCAAAAGUCUAUGCUGAUACCGGAAAAAGGGCUACUGUAUCUUUAAAAGCAAGAAGUCUGAACCCAAGCUGUGAAAAGCCAGCGGUUGCUCAGCUGUGCAGAGCCUGGUGCUGUAACCUUGUGCUGGGACUUGACCCCUGCAGGUGAUACCCUGCUGGGUGGGGCUCAGCACGCCAGGGUGAGGGCAGUUACCGCAUCCUACCCUGUCCCUGGAAUCCCACGUUGGAUCAUGGUGCAUGCCUUGUGCCUGAGCCGGGCCCCCACCCCCCAUGCUCUCUCUAGGUGGGGGUGGGGCAGGGUGGAGGAUUACCCUCUAGCAGUCUUUAUGGUGCAAGAGUCAAACCUUUUUCAGCAGGUUGCUUUGGUUUUACUCCGUGAUUGGUGCCAUGUCGGUUUUGAUCAUCUCGUCCCCGUCCCCCCAAGAUUCUGUGCAUUCAUUGAGUUUCCUUGGCAGGAGGACGCGGUACAGUCAUGUGUUGUGACGUGUCCAGAGAAGUGGGGCCUGAUGGGUGGAAACCGCCUCACUCGCGAGUCGGCCUGCUGGGGGGGGAUGAGUUUCCUGUGCGGGGAGCAGAGUCCUGCCAAGCUCCCUGCCCAACCUGCAGACCUGCGCGGUGAACAGGGGGAGAUCUCACCCGCCCCCCCAUGUGUACAUCAGGACCCCUGUCCCCCCGCAGGGGGAGAGUUGGCCACAAAGAAAUGAAAACCCAGCCCCGCGAUCAGCCUCGUGUUUAUCGAGCCGUUUCGUUCCCGACGACGAGCCUAACAAUCGGAUGACGAUGCUGGAGGCACGUUCCUGCGCCCCCAGGUGCCUUGUGUAAGAGCCGAGAGCCGGCCCCACGGGCCGGCGUUCUCUGUGACCCGUCCUGAGGUGCUGGCGGGGAAUUGCUGUCCAAUGCCCGGAGCAUUUAUGUGGUCUGGUUUUAACUGUAAAUAGUGAAAAGAUUUUUUUAAGCACUUUUGCCUAGAUUUAAACAGCAACUUGAAAAAAAAAAAAGGAAAAGUUAAAAAAAAAGUAUGUUUUCACAUGUAAUUGUGGGAGACUUGUACAUAGUAGCUGAAUAUUUAAACGUGCUUUGUCUAUCCUUCCCUUUUCCCAUAUUCUGUAAAGUCGCAUUUAUUUUACAGGACAAAAAGAAAGAAAGAAAUAUUAUUGCUUUUGAAAUAAAUACCCAAGAGCUUAUCAGGAUUUAGGAUUAUCCAGAACUACUCAGAUUUCUCGGAAAACCUCUGACCUUCCGAUGGACGAGCUUAAAGCAGGCCGUGUUUUUAAUGAGCAUGCUGAGUUUUCUAGCCUCGAGGGAACGCUUGGCCCUCCAAAUGCUAUUUUGCUGAUCGCAUCAGUGCUUUUACGCAGGUCUCACGUUGACUCGUGCUUAGGUAGAUGCGGGGGUGCCUUGAAAACUUCCUUUUAAAUGAUCUUAAGCAAGAAAUACAAUAUUUUACAAAACCAUGUUUGAGAAUGUGUGGCCCGUGGACGCCCCAGGUUGACUGUUGGUUUGGAAGGGGCCCAAGUGGGCCCCGGGUGGCUCUGGUACUGUGGCACGAGUGAAUCUUCCCAAUGUGUGUUAAAAUAUACUUUCCCCCCUCUUUCUCGCCCUCCGGUAGCAAAGCCAUUCGAUGAAAGGAGAAACCAACACAGGCUGACCGUGUGUGACUUUAUGCCCCCACCCCGCUGCCCAGCACGGCCUUUGGCUCUUAGAUUUCUAGGGGAGGAAGCAGGAUGCUGAGGAGGGUCAGGAGGCCAUCCCACUGGACGCCCCAUCCCCCUCCGGACGGUGUGACGAGAGAGGUGGUGCUGUGGCCCUGCUUGUGCCCAUGCUGAUGUCUACACACUACACGUAUAACCUACCUCAAACCUCAGUCAUUAAAGGAGCAUGCUUUAGACGUACCUUGAAAAAGUAACUAUGCACACAGCUCCCUGUCCCUCCUGCCCCGCCCCGCGGCCCCCCCACCCCCACUCCCCUUGCUGCUGAAGGUAUCUUCCAAGAGAAAAAUCAAAUCUUUUUAAAUUUCUUACUGGCACGCUUUUGGUUUUUUCCCCCAAGUCCCGAAAGACGAUUAAACCGACAUCUCGAUCGUGAGACGAAAAAUAAAGCCAUUGCAGCUAAAGAACCGAACGGCACAACCACGUUUUAGCCGUGGUUCUGUGGGAGCCAGGACAGGGAUG